UGCAUGUGUCUGUGUGAGACAGAGAGAGGAGGGAGAGAACGUAUAUCCUCUGGCCCUUGGCGAGUGUGCGUGAGGCUGAAUGGGAGCCAGGAAAAGGGGAAGGGCCUCGCGUCAGCCAACAAAAACAGCUGCCUGAGAGUAUGCAGGAAAACAGUUCCUGGUAGAGUAAAGGGAGAGGGGGACAGGGAGAGAGAGGACAGGAGAGAGAGAGAGAGCCAGGGCCCACAUCUCUAUAUGGGUUGCGCCCUGAGUGCGGAUUUGUGUGGGGAGGAAGCAGAGCCUGUGCCCGUGGUGAGAGGGUCACUGAAGCGCCGAGGUCCAGAGAGGUCCAACAACGGCAGGAUGAGGCUGACCAAGACAGGGAAGGGGGAGCCCCAUUUCUUCAAGGUGAAGACCUUUAAGAAGAACCGUCAGUGUGGGGUGUGUCGUCAGAGUGUGGACAGCACGGGGUCCUUCUGCCGAGUGUGUAAAACAGCCACUCACAAGAAAUGCGAGGCAAAGGUGACCACAGCUUGCAUUCCAGCUCUCCCGUCUGAUCUGCAGCGCAAAGGGACUGCUCCAUCCCGACACAUCCAACACCUGGGCUCCACAAGGUCUCUGACUUACCACAAACAGAGGAGCACCCUCUCCAGGAGUGUCAGUGUGGACCGUGUGAUGGAGAGAGUCAUGGAGCGUCAUUAUGACUUUGACCUGACGUACAUCACAGAGAGGAUCAUCUCCGUCUUCUUCCCCCCUCUGCUGGACGAGCAGCGCUACCGUCUCAACCUCAAGGAGGUGACCACCAUGCUCAAGUCCAAGCACCAGGACAAGUUUCUGCUCUUCAACCUCUCUGAACGACACCAUGACAUCACCCGCAUGAAUCCAAAGGUCCAUGACUUUGGCUGGCCUGACUUCCAUGCCCCUCCUCUGGACAAGAUAUGUGCCAUGUGUAAGGCCAUGGAGACCUGGCUGACCUCUGACCCCCAGCAUGUGGUGGUCCUGCACUGCAAGGGCAACAAGGGCAAGACAGGAGUGAUUACUGCAGCCUACAUGCACUAUAGCAAGAUCUCUGCAGGGGCAGACCAGGCCCUCAGCACCCUGGCCAUGAGGAAGUUCUGCGAGGAUAAGGUAUCUUCCUCCCUCCAACCAUCACAAAACAGGUAUAUCUACUACUUUGGGGGGCUCCUCUCUGGGGCGAUCAAGAUGAACAGCAGUCCGCUGUUCCUCCACCAGGUCCUCAUCCCCACGCUUCCUAACUUCCAGGGCGAAGGAGGUUACUUCCCCUUCCUGAAGCUCUACCAGUCCAUGCAGCUGGUCUACACCUCAGGGAUAUAUGACUUGCAGGGUUCUGGGGGCAGAAGACUAUGUGUGACCAUUGAGCCAGCACUGCUGCUGAAGGGAGACAUCAUGGUGAAGUGUUACCACAGACGGGCCCGGGGUGCAGAGAGGGACACAGUGUUCAGACUGCAGUUCCACACCUGCACCAUCCACGGGACGCAGCUAUGGUUUGGCAAGGGGGAGCUGGAUGAGGCCUGUACUGAUGAACGAUUCCCCUCGGAUGCCACUGUGGAGUUUGUCUUCUCCACUGGACCAGAGAAGAUGAAAGGGCGUGAGUACCAGAGGAAUGACCCCGCUGUCACAGUGGACUACAACACAGCUGAUCCAGUGGUGCGCCGGGACUCCUAUGAGAACUUCAACCAGCGCUAUCAAGACAGCCUCGAUGACAUAGCCCACACCAGGGGUCCAGUGGACGGAAGUCUGUACGCCCAGAUAAAGAAGCAUCGCUCAGCCCCAGGCUCCGGCUCCCUGACCUCCACCAAUGGGAGUCCAGUAGGCACCAGCGAGGAAAGGCCCAGUCAGAGCCAGCUGCUCUCCCCCAGCUCUGACUCUCUCACUCACUCCGGCCACUCCGGCCACUCGUCUGCCAUCCCAGAGCAUCCAGAGGAGCUCAGAGGGCCCCCGCCCCCCACGCAGCAGGAGAGAGAGGACCUGGACCGACUGCUGGGGGGCAUCGAGGGGGAGAGGGACGGCCUGGACAGAGAGAGGGAGACUGCCAUCCUGGACGAUGGGGACUCGUCCUCGUCCUCGCCCUCUGAGCGUACAGGUACCCUGAGACUGGGCCGCUCCUGUUCCUGCCGGCUGGGCUACCACUCCCAGCGCUGUGCUGAGCCCGACUGUGACCGACUGCACCUCAUGUCCAGUGGCUACUGCCGGGACAGAGCCCUGGGCACCAACGGCCAUCCUGGGUCACCGCCCUUGGCUAACCCUGCCACCGUCCCCUCACACAUAGACCUGUGCCAGAACUACAGCCCCCACCCUCACCCUCAUCAGGCCCUGCCUCCCCCUGACCUGGUAUGGGAUCGCCAGCAGGGCCCUCCACACUACCUGCACCGUGAGGGACCCUCUCGUCACCCCUCUCAUCACCCUUCUCUGUACCCCUAUCCAUCCCAGGACCUGUCCUCUCACGCCCACUCCCACCCUCACACCCUUCAUCCUGGGCGCCUGCUCUAUAGAAGUGAUGACUAUGGUCCGUACCACCACCCUCCCUCACACACCCACCACCACCCUCACCACCCCAAGUCCUCCGGGUCCUACCAAGACAUGCUGCUGCUGGACGGCCUGCCACCCCCUGGCUGCCCCUGCCGGGACUGCCUCAUCAGGAGGGAGGACUCAGCCUUCCACGGCCUGCGGCUGGAGCGAGGAGAGAGCUUCCACUGGGACAGAGAGGCAGAACUACAGCAUCGGGAAGCAGGGCUGAGGAGAGGAAAGGAGUCUGAGCUGCCUAGAGGGGCAGAGAUGCACUGGGAGAGGGAGGCAGCAGGACUAAGAAGAGGAAGGGAGAUGUCACUGCACUGGGAGAGGGACAGGGAGGCAGAGCUCCAAUGGGAGAGGGAGAGAGAGGCCGACUAUUGGCACCGGAGGGCCUACGGGCCUCAGGGCCACGAGCUACCUGCUUUCACCUUUGACCCCCUGCCGUCCGGCCACCCUGCGUACCCGGAGCCGUCUCGCUCCCACGGCCACUCCCACCUGGACCUGAAGUACAGCAACAGCAGCAGCAGUGGCUACCAGACCCCGCACCAGGCCUGCCUCUGCUCCCCCUACCAGCCCUCCCCCUCUGAGAGCAGGGGCUACGCCUCAGGCUACCAGUCUGAGUCCACCUCCCCUCUGCCCCCUCCCUCCGCCCUGUCAGGCCCCUGUAGCCACACCAGAGGGCCAGCAGACCACCACCCCGAAGCCCACCCUCAGCAGUACCCCUCCGAGAGACAGACAGAUGGAAGAGGGAUGAGUGAGAACGUGAGUUGGCGGGACUACAUCUCCCAGGGUUCCUUCAAGAGGAUGCAUCCUUCAAGAGAUGUCCCGUGUUCCACGCCCUCUGACCUCUCUGGGCCGCCCACCCCUGUUCUCACCAGCAGCCCUCUGUGCACAGAAGAAAGCCUCAGUCUAGGUGUGCAAGAUUAUGAAGUUCGAUCGACUGACAUAGUCAACAGUGACUGUGAGUCUGCCCAGUCUCAGGAUAGGCCCAGCAGUGCUGCUGCUCAGGGGUCGCAGAUCAACCAGCAACACAUCCCUGACCCUUUACAGUCUACAUCCGUGACACCCACACCCACACCUUCCCCCACCCAACCCAACAGCCACUGCACCACACCGACAGCAACACAACCACUCUCACCCCACCAGCCCCGGAACUACAGUACUACACCUUCACCCCACCAGCCCCAGAACUACAGCACUACACCUUCACCCCACCAGCCCCAGAACUACAGUACUACACCUUCACCCCACCAGCCCCAGAACUACAGCACUACACCUUCACCCCACCAGCCCCAGAACUACAGUACUACACCUUCACCCCACCAGCCCCAGAACUACAGCACUACACCUUCACCCCACCAGCCCCAGAACUACAGCACUACACCUUCACCCCACCAGCCCCAGAACUACAGCACUACACCUUCACCCCACCAGCCCCAGAACUACAGCACUACACCUUCACCCCACCAGCCCCAGAACCACAAUACUACACCUUCACCCCACCAGCCCCUAAACCACAAUACUACACCUUCACUCCACCAGCCCCAGAACUACAGUACUACACCUUCACCCCACCAGCCCCAAAACCACAAUACUACACCUUCACCCCACCCGCCCCUAAACCACAAUACUACACCUUCACCCUCACCUACAACCAGCCAGCCCAGCAACCACUGCCACCCCACUACACCCACUCAGACCCCCACUGAGAAAGCUACUCCAACUAGUCCAAAGACCACCCUUCCUACAGAGACUGCUGUACUGCCUCCUGUUGCCCAGCCCCAGUCCCAGUCCCCCAACUCCAACCCUGUACCUGGUUCACCAGGGCCCAUCCCAGCCCAGGGCCAGCUGAACGGAGCAUGUCCCCCCAGGAAGCUGACCCCAGAGGUCCCUAAAUCCAGCUCCACCCCCACCUCGGCCCCUUCCUCCCCCCAUCCUCCCAUCAGCAGUCUGGAGGGCUCCCCCUCCUCAGAACCUCCUGUGCCCGGCUUCGCCACCCUGGGCCGGAGGUUGAUGCUGGGCACUGAGCCCCCAGGAUCCCUGCAGCACUACCCUGGCAUGGAGGGCAGCACCAGCGGGCACUCGCCAGCCCCUGAGGGACACACCACCCCCACAUUCCCCACCUUUGCCACAGGCUGCUGUCCCCAAUAUGUCCCGCAUGUGCCAUACUCGGGCUACACUGCUGUCACCAUCCCCCAGCGCCCACUCCCAGAGAAACGAGUGCAGUCUGCCCAGCCAGGGUCGCCCAAUUGCGGGGUGAGGACCCUGAGGCCAACCCCCUCACAGCACCAUGUGACCUUCUCUCCAACGGUGGGGGAGAUGGCGCCCCCUGCAGGCCAAGGAGAGGGAGCGCUCUCUCUGGAGGGGCAGAUGGCAGGCAGAGUCAGUGUUAAGUUUGUCCAGGACAGCUCACGCUUCUGGUACAAGCCUGGCAUCUCCAGGGACCAAGCCAUAGCUGCGCUGAAGGAGAGAGAACCAGGGGCGUUUCUUAUCCGGGACAGCAACUCCUUCCAGGGAGCCUAUGGCCUGGCGCUGAAGGUGGCCACUCCGCCCGCUAACCUCAACAACCACAGCAGCAAAGUGGUCGAUCCAUUGGAGCAGCUGGUGCGACACUUCCUGAUUGAGACUGGCCCCCGUGGAGUGAAUAUCAAAGGGUGUCAGAAUGAGCCCCAUUUUGGGAGUUUAUCUGCAUUAGUAUACCAGCACUCCAUCACUCCCAUCUCCCUGCCCUGUUCCCUACGGAUCCCAGAGAAAGAUCCCAUUGGAGAAAUGCAGGAGCUGCAGUCGACUGCCAGUAACAUGAGCACAGCUUCAGACCUGCUCAAACAGGGUGCAGCCUGUAACGUGCUCUAUCUGAACUCUGUGGACACUGAGUCACUGACCGGACCCCAGGCCAUCUCUAAGGCAACCGGAGCCACCCUGGCACAGAACCCCCGGGCAGCAGCCACAGUGGUCCACUUCAAAGUGUCCUCACAGGGCAUCACACUGACCGACAGCCAGCGCAGGGUGUUCUUCAGGAGACACUACCCAGUCAACAGUGUGACCUUCAGCAGCAUCGACCCCCAGGACAGGAGGUGGACUAACUCAGACAGCACAACGUCUAAGGUAUUUGGGUUUGUAGCCAAGAAGCCAGGCAGCGUGGCAGAGAACAUGUGUCAUCUGUUUGCCGAGCUCGACCCGGAGCAGCCUGCCUCAGCCAUCGUUAACUUCAUCAACAAGGUGAUGUUAGGGCCGCAGCGCAGGUAGAGAGACAGAGAAGGACCAAGCCAAGGACCUGUCACCGCAACAACACUGUUACAACUCCUAAAGAGAGUCAGGAGGCUACAGAAACGCUUUACAGACCCACAAAGCACCAGUGGUGGUGGCCUCUUUUUCAAAGACUGAGUUUUGACCCAAAAGCCUCAACAUUUCAAACAUGACUGCCAUUUUGAAUGAUAAUCUAAAUGUAAUCGUUGUUUAUAUUUCUAAUGUCUAUAAUGCCGCCAUUGAUAGUUGCCUUCAAGUUACCAAAGCUUUGUUGUCACUUGUUAGUCAGUUAUCUAAGGUAUCAAUAAGUAGCCUAGCCUACCAAAGGUCUUGCCUCAACCCUGUCACUCUCCCUUCGACAAUCAUAAGAGUAAGUCAAACUAAAAUGUGCAAGCAACAGAGUGAAUGUGGUUAGGGUAUCAAUGUGUGUGGAGGCUAGGGGUUAGGGCACAUAUAUGGUAGUAUGUGGAGGCUAGGGGUUAGGGCACAUAUAUGGUAAAGUAUGUGGAGGCUAGGGGUUAGGGCACAGAUAUGGUAGUAUGUGGAGGCUAGGGGUUAGGGCACAUAUAUGGUAGUAUGUGGAGGCUAGGGGUUAGGGCACAUAUAUGGUAAAGUAUGUGGAGGCUAGGGGUUAGGGCACAUAUAUGGUAGUAUGUGGAGGCUAGGGGUUAGGGCACAUAUAUGGUAAAGUAUGUGGAGGCUAGGGGUUAGGGCACAGAUAUGGUAAAGUAUGUGGAGGCUAGGGGUUAGGGCACAGAUAUGGUAAUGUAUGUGGAGGCUAGGGGUUAGGGCACAGAUAUGGUAAAGUAUGUGGUGGCUAGGGGUUAGGGCACAGAUAUGGUAGUAUGUGGAGGCUAGGGGUUAGGGCACAGAUAUGGUAAAGUAUGUGGAGGCUAGGGGUUAGGGCACAGAUAUGGCAAGUACCAGAGAUCAUGGGGUAUUGUAUUCUCCAAUGUAUUGUAUAACCACAGAUUUUUUUGGUCAAGAUAUAUACACAAUAUUAAUAUUGCUGCAAAUAGUCAUUUUGUUCUAUUAUACACAUAUUUUGUGGGUCAAUUAUCUAAACUAUGAGGCAAAUAAUAUUCCUUAUUAUAUUGUAUAUUAUUGAGAAAUAUAUUCAAACAUUUAAAACAAGACAAGGAUGAGGUCCUGUCUUUGCCACAACAUCAAUGUAACGCUCACAUAUCUUUUUACCUGAAUGACUUUAUGUACAAAGUUCACACCAAUCAGACAGUUGUCUAAGGUCCUAUGUACUUAACCAAAUACAAAGCACUCCUGUAUUAAGCUUUAAUAGUUCAUAUUUUUAUGCUUCAUGUAUUUGUAUUCUUAGUGUUUUGCAUUGUUUUUGUAAGACAGAAAGACACUACUUUGUAUGACAACGGUAAUAUAUUGUGGUCUGUUUUCUUAUUCAUCUUUAUAUGUAGUAAUAUAUUUUCUCACAUGCAGCUAGGAAAGGGAAAGUCAAAAGGAAACAUUUGUAAGGAAAAUAAUCUGUUAUAUGAUAUUUUUUAAGAAAGCUUUAUAUGCACAAAUAAAAAUAAUAAAAGUUGUGGUACCAAAUCUGA